CGAUUCGCCCACCCCAAAAAGCCCUUGGUUUUCUUUAUACUUAUACCUCACCUUUCGCACCUCCAUCCACCGCUCGACAUCUCCAACAUCACACAUUAUAUAAUCUCAUACAUUGCCCAGGCUUUUAAUAGUCUUUGUCUCUUGUAUCAUCAUUGUUACAAUAGAUAUUCACUUGAACUGCAUACCUUCUGGCACACUCUCUGCUGCCACUACCAAAACCCACUGCUGCCCACCGACUGGACAACAGCUUAGCCUUCCAUAGGCUACGCAUUCACCGUGUGUCAAACAUAUAUAUACACAUUCUUCUACCCAGACGGGCGCGAGACAACAACCAAAGAGCCAAAGUACUGCAACUUGGCUAGCUUCGGUCUCCCCUGCAGCAAUAAUACAGUCAUAACCCAUCCUCCCAUCAACAUGUCUUACAGAGACGAGCCCACCUACAUUGGUGGUCAAUACCCACCAACUCCCUCCUACUCUCACACUGGCAGCCCCGUCAUCACCACAUACCGCUCAGGAAACGAGUCGGACCGCUCGCAACGCUCUCACCACUCCCAGCGCUCCCACCAUUCUCACCGUUCCCACCACUCUGGCAACGGAGACUCCAGCCGCCGCCGCCCAUCCUCGAGCUUAUAUCCUGACGGUCUGCGCGUUUCCAACUAUGGCGAGCGACCUCAGUACAUCUACUCGUCUUCCCCCAGACGCGAGGGUGAGCGUUAUCUCGUUGUCAACAACCCACCCACACCCAGAACACCACCACAGCCAUACGACAUGCCCCGUACGGCUCCCACCUCCCCCAACGUCUACAGCACCUCACCCCGCGAGUCUUACCGUAACCGACCCAUGACCGUCGACGACAGACCCAGAGUUCACAUCGAAAUCAACUCCCCUAGAAUUAGCAAGUCCUCUCGACAAGGAUCCAACUCCCGAAGCAGCCACACUUCCGCAUCCGAAGACGAGGAGCGCCGACGCUUGCGCCGCCAGCAGCGCGAAGCCUCCAACACACAGUCGGGCAGUGCCAUCUGGGAAGAGGGGGACAACCUCGCCCGCGAGCAAGAGAAAAGAGACAAGCAGGAGCGCCGCGAGGAAAAGCGCCGCCAGGAGGAACUUCUCCGCGCCGAGAAGAUCAAGGAGAGAAUCAACAAGGCCAACGAGGAGAUUGACAACCGCCCCGUCACUCGCCCCGUCCCCAAGCACCUCAAGAAACCUAUUGUGCGAAACGCACCCUCCUCAUCCAAGCCUCGUGUCCCAUCUCCUCCCCGCCAUAACAUUCCCACUCCCACUGCAUCUGCCGACGAGCUUCUCGACGGCAUGCGCAAGGUCCGCUUGAGCGAUUCGGAGCGCGAGGAGAAGAAGGCCCGUAUCCGGGCUAUCAAGACUGAGCGCGCCGAGGAAGACGCACAGAGAGCUCGCCUAUCCGAGCGCAUGCUACCUCAGCGCCGUGCCACUAUCGGGUCAGGCAGCCGCCGGCCCAGAACCUACUACGAGGACGGCGUCUUUCGCUACGAAUAAAUGCCGGAAUCAACAGGAGCCAUUUGUAUUAUGGAGCUUUUAGUCUCCAUCCUCUUUUUGUAUUGUCAUUUUUUUUUGGAAAGCGAAGCAUCGGCAUAAAAUGCCAACAUCAUAGACAUUUCAUGUAUUUUAGACCAACCCACUUAGACAGCACCCGGCCCAAGAGGAAGCCAGGGACUACAGAAUGAAGACCAAGAAUCUUAAUCUCACCAUACCAAACUCUCUUUCUUUCAUCAUCGUGAAUAACUCUCUUCCGAAAUCGCCCUCGCCGUCCGUCUUGUGAUCACUCCCUUGGCUUGCAUAUGCACAAUUCUUG